GUCAGGAGACACAACAGGAUGUCACCCAAGACUUACCGCAACUCGUGAAACGUAAGAACGCGUGACAAGUAACGUUGACGGAGCUUGUACAGCAGGGUUGAUGUUUGUCCGUCGGCUGCCCCCGCAACCAAGCUCAAACAAAGCUCCCCAGGCGCGACCCUCUCAUCUUACCUUUAUCCUUCACAAGCUCCCAUAAAGCACACGACGCGUGACAACCUUGUUGCUCAGACAGCUACACCCAGAACCUCGAAUUAUCAACCAGCACUAACGACGAGUCAACAUGGCCUCGGAAAACACUAACAACGCCGUCGUCGUCGACGUAGACGAGUCGUCCAUCGCGCCCGUCCGCAGCUCCGACAGGCGCAACAGCCUGGAGAAACACCUGCAGCAGCGCCCGGAGCCGCAGGACCUCAAGAACAGACACAUCCUGAUCGACACAACGACUGCUCCAGCACUGCAAGCUAGAGCGCUUGAAUUGGAACGCCAGCGCGCGACGGAUAAUCUCAAGAAGGGCCUUGCUUCGCGCUCGGAGCGCGAUAACCUCAUUCAGCGGAAUAUUCUGCCUGAGUCGACGGCGGCGCCGGCUCUGCUGGGCCAUCAGAAGGAGCUGGAUUUGCAUAUGCGGGCGGAUAAUCUGGAGAAGGGGUUGCAGGGUAGACCGGAUCCGGAUGAGCUGGUUAAGAAGGGCAUUUUGGAGGCUGAUGAGAAUCCUCUGAAGGGUGUGUAGGGCUUGCGGGGUGGUGUGUAUGUGUGUUCAAAUUGAGAUGGGGAGGUGGUGGGUGUCUGCUUGCGGGCACUCGGCUCUCGUUAUGUUUUGAUAACUAUGAGGAGAUGAGCGUUUCCAAGCUUCGAGAGCAGACGCUGGGCUGCACUUGGAUUGUGAGGAAAACGUAGUGCAAUCACUUCUUCAUUUCAAUACCUGAUCGCGCUCUGUGCUGGUAACAUCUCACCAAAGUCCGUUCAUUACAACACUAACACGUUGGUAAAGGCGAAUACAUGCAAUGAGCGGCACGAAGCCCGUAACUUCAUUAUAGCUUGCAUACUAACAUAUGCAUAUCAAC